AUGGCACCAGGGGCCUGCCAUGUUAAUAAGCGGGACCUACUUGACAGUAGAACUGAUGAUCACUCAAAAAAGAGGGUCUCUCCUUCACCUAAGCAGAACAUGAAGGAGGACCGUCUUUCACAAGGACAAGGAGAGUCUUUGGAAAACAGCAAUCAGCAGCUUUAUAAAGUGGUGGUUUUCAAGAGGAAAGCCCUUAGCCCUGCCUAUAGAAGAAAACAGCAUCUGAAAGGCUGGGACUGUGAAAUGGCAAAUAAGGAAAAUGAGUUGGCGGGAGGAAACCUGCAGGAUAAGCUCCAAAACGACAGACACACCUUUGUAUUGAACUCCAGUGACUCAGGCUCUACUCAGACCGAGGGAGCUUCUUCAAAGUAUAGCAGCUUCUUCACAGAGGUCUCAAAGGAUCAUGAAAUAAUGUCCCAGGUCCUCUUUAGCAGGAAUCUCAGGCUAAAUGUAGCGCUAACAUUUUGGAAGAAGCACAGUGUGAAUGAACUGGUUGCCUAUUUAGUCAGGAUGCAGGAUUUAGGAGUGAUAGCAGAUUGUCUUCCAGUUCUUACAAACAGCUUACAGGAAGACAAGGCUUCAGUUUCAAUUGGUUGUUGUGUUGACCUGUUACCGCUGGUUAAGUCUCUACUGAAGAGCAAAUUUGAAGAAUAUGUAAUAGUUGGUCUUAACUGGCUUCAAGCAAUUGUAAAGAAGUGGUGGACACAAUUAUCUACAAGUUCCGAAAAUUCAUUAGAUGAAAAUGUUUUAAUACUAAAACACCAGCUAAGUGGAAUUUGGCUUCAGGAAGGUUAUCUUGCAUCAGUUCCAGGUUAUACCGGCAACAUAGCAAAGGUAAACUGGAUGUCUGCGUACUGUUUAUAA